AUGACUGUCAGCCAAGCUAUCGAAGCCCUCAAACAGACCAUCGCAGAUGCCAAUUUUGUCGAGCGAGGUACCGACGAGUUCACCAAGCUCAACACCUCUUAUCUGUCAGGCCUUGAGAGCGACCUCGAGCCCGCGUGGAUCAUCCAGCCCCGCUCCAAGGAAGAUGUACCAAGCUUCCUCAAGACCAUCAAGCCUUUCGUGGGCACAGUCGGUUUUGCCGUCCGUGGCGCAGGGCAGCAGCCCCUACCCGGGUCCGCCAACGUCCAGGACGGCAUCACACUGGACCUUGGUCUGCUCAAGGGCAUUGAUGUCAAGGACGGCGUCGUUGAGAUUGCUGCCGGCGAGCGCUGGGGUGCAGUGUACGAGAAGCUUGACCCUCAUGGCCUCGCAGUCGCCGGUGGACGAUCCGCUGUGGGCGGCAUCGGAGGCUUGUCGCUGAUGGGUGGCCUGUCCUUCUUUUCCAGCAGAGAGGGUUUCAUCGUCGACAACAUCAUCAACUACGAGGUCGCGCUGGCCUCUGGCGAGAUUGUCAAUGCCAAUGCCGACGAAAACGCUGACCUGUGGACCGCUCUGAAGGGAGCUGGGAACAAUCUCGGUAUCGUCACGCGCUUCGACAUGAGGACGUUCAAGCAGGGGCCCAUCUACGGCGGCACUGUGUUUUACUUCUCGCCUAGCUUCCCGUCGCAGAUUGAGGCCCUCGUCACGGAGCUGCGCAAGCCCGAUGCGAGCAAGGAGACGCACCUCAUGAUCAGCCAGGGAUUCUCGGCUGCCAUCAACAAGGACACGAUCAUGUGCCUGAACCAGCCGUACUACACCCAAGCGGUAGAAGACCCUCCAGAGCUGCAGCCUUUCACCAAGGUACAACCGCAGAUCGACCAGAUGAACUCGAUGCGGCUGCACACUGUCUUGGAGGGGGCAAAGGAACAGGAAGCGUCUUCGCAGACCAAUGUCAGGUGCGCUUAUAUGAACAUCACAGUCAAGGCCGACGCGGACACGUUGAAAGCCGCCUCGGAGUUCUACACGGCGGGUCUUACUGAGCCGGUCAAGUCCGUGGAGAAUGCUAUGUACUCGUUCACUCUCCAGCCCUACCCUCUCAGCCUCUUGGAAAAGUCGGCAGCAAGCGGUGACAAUGUCCUAGGGCUGAACCCUUCCGAUGGCCCUCUUGUUUCCGUCCUCUUGCUCUCGUACUGGAAGAACAAGAGCGACGACGAGACUGUUCUAGGCAUGAUGAAGGACGGGCUGGCAAAGAUGAAGGCAGACGCUGAGUCCAGAGGCCAGCUACUACCGUUUGUGUACAUGAACUACGCAUUCAGCCACCAAGAUCCUCUGGCCUCGUACGGCGAGGAGAACAGGGAGAAGCUGGCCCAGGCGAGUAAAAAGUACGAUCCUGAGGGCGUAUUCCAGAAGGGUAUCACCGGAGGGUUCAAGCUUUUCUAA